ACAAACAGAUCUGAGGAGCUUCAGCCGCCGUUCGAGGAGAGCCGCCGCCAACGCUGCUACCUGCCGCUGCCCACGCCGAUGCCUCACACCGUCGACGGCGCUCACCGCUCGCUCUCCGCCUCCGCUGACGCCACUCGACCGGAGGUCCUUUAGCUGCCGACGCCGACGCCCCCCACGCCGUUUGAGGAGAGCUUAGUCAUUGCGAACUUCUCUCUUUAAUGUAUCUGUCUGAAAACCAGGGCUUCCAACAAAAUCUCGAGGCAUUUAAAGUCCAUGAAGAAAUUUUGCUUCCAGGAGAAGUGAUUAUGGAACAGGGGAACAUAAUAGACCAACUUUAUUUCGUCUGCCAUGGUCUGUUGAGAUUUAGUGCCAGUACCGAGCUCUUGAUGAAUAUCUCAAAGGGCAUGCAAGGAUUUUUUGAUAAGCUUGUAGGGGAAUCAAAAACACUUGGUUGUCAUGCAAAGAGAGUUGAUGAAAUUCAAACAAAGCAAAUUUUUGAAUUUCAGAAGGAAUAUGAGGAACAAUCAAGAUCAGUGGCUGAGAAGCUUAUUGCUGAUGUGUCCUCUCUGGUUUACCAUCACAUGCAUUAUCAAAAAGAGUUGGUGGAUGAAAGGCUUGUGGAACUCACAGAAACAGUUACUGAAAACAAGAGAUUUUUGGAUGGACGUGUUACAUCAAUGGUGGGUAUUACAACAGCUGCAAAAAGAAAAUGGUCAGAUUUCUUCAUACAAGCAGGGACCAACACCAAAGACAGUGCCGACUUUUCUGCUGCAAAACAUUGUCGAAUGGAAGCAUCACUAGAAAACUGGUUAAGAAUUGAGGGUUUCUAGUUGGGAAAGAGUUCAAGGAGCAUUGCGGGCAGGUCAGCAUCGUACCAGAUUUUCAAGGAUAGGGCCAAGAACCGGGUAGAUGAUCUGCAAGGGAUGUUUAUUGAUCUGCAGUGUCUCUGAGGAAGGAGAGCCGUACUAUUGAGGUGGCAGUACUUGAAGAGCAGUUUAACCAGAUGCUUCACGAAUGGAAGGCAAAGCUGAAUGAGCCCACCCCAACUUCUUAUCAGCUAGGAAAUUCAUGAGAUGCUAAUGCCAAAGACUCUGAAGGUUAUAUCAGAGGUUAUAAUGUUGCAAAUAGACAAGCAAAUAGAGGUACUUGUCUUUUAAUUGCAUGAUCGGUUUUAUCUGUGUUUUAUGUAGUCCUUUCUAUUUAGACAAGUAUCUUUAUAGUAUUGUAAUUUCAAUCCAUAAUGCUUGUGUGAGAAUUGCAGGUUGAAUAUUAUUGUUUUGGUUUUAAUUAAAAAAUAUUUUAUGUUACU